AGCGCGUGCUCUUGACAACUAUCUUUAGGCUGGGGUCACAAGACAGGUUACACGAGGUACGAGGAAGACUUAUAUCUAGGAUAAGAAGAAACAUGGGAGUCACAAAAGUAGCAAAUAAGCAAGAAUUUGAUGCAGCAAUCAACGGUAGCGAAGGCAAGCUAGUAGUUGUAGACUUCUUUGCCACAUGGUGUGGACCAUGCAAGGCGAUUUCACCUAGAAUUGAGGAAUUUUCUAAAGAGUUUACAAAUGUUGUAUUCCUGAAGGUUGACGUGGAUGAGGCAGAGGACGUUGCUGCAGAAAAAGGAAUUAGUGCCAUGCCAACAUUCAAAUUUUUCAAAAAUGGAGGAGAGGUUGGUGAAGUUGUUGGAGCCAGUGAAGCUAAAAUCAAGGAAGCAAUAGAAAAAUAUCAGUGAGAUGGCCCUGGAAUCGAGUUACAUCUAUCACUACUGUCAUAAUCAGGCUGUUGUUGUAUCAGUAUAUUCUAAACUGCACAUUGUAGUACUUAAGUAUUAAGUGAUAGAUUCAAUUUCUCUGGUUGUUAUAAUGUAAUGUCUUCUAAUGAUCUUGAGUUUGUCGAUUCAAAAACUUGAAAAGAAAAACAUUUUUACUGAUUUUCAUUACCUAAUUUGUAGUUAUAAGACUUGUGGUCAUCAACACAAUGAUGGACAUCAUAGUUUAGUGGGGCAUUUUUUCUCCCAAAACAUUCCCAUAAUGUAAGUCUAGAACUGUAAUCUCCUGUGUGCUUCUGGCACCGGAGGAUAGUUGAGGAUUUUAAAAUAAUUCUAAAUAGCCAGCAGACCGCCUAAUGAUAACAUAUAUAACUUAUAUAUAAAAACCCAAUAGCAUUAGACAUAUGUACCUGGUAAACUGUUUUGUGACCAUCAGUUGUGUCCUAGUUUGUUCGCAUAGACAAUUGAGAGGCAUUGUGUCGGUACUGUUGUGUACUAAUCCUUUACACUUCAAUCAAAGAGACAAUUUAUAAUAUUAUUGCUUUAUUUUUACAUAUUAAUAUUAAAGAAAACAUAAUAGCCAGUUUCCCCAAGCUGGCAGCAAAAGGCAUUUUCACUAUUUGAGAUAUAAGUAAUUGUCUUGCCCAUACAGUAAAUUACAGUGUACAGGAAAACUUCAAAGUAUACUUGUAUUAUCCAUGCAGUUUGUUAAAUGACCAUGUCAUGACAUGUUUAAUUAGCUAGUGACAGUGGCAUCUGGUUUAUGAUUUAUAGUACUGUAACUGGUGGUAGUCCUUCAAUAUCUGAAAAUUACAGAAUUGAGUACAGCGGUAGUGGAAAUGGUAUGGGAGAAAACUGUGUUAAUCUUUUAGUGUCAUGUUCCUCUACAAUCAAACUCAUACUUUAAUCUAAAAAAAAAAUCUACACUGUGUACAUUUAAUAUUAUCAAGCAAAUUGAGCAAUGCAAUAUCCAUAUAUUCAAAACUGAUCUAGAUGAAAUGUUGAAACCACAGACCAUUUGUUUAGAAAACAUUUACAUUGGUAUGAAGUGUAAUGUCUGUUUUGAUCAUAGAGUUGGAAAGGUUGUUAAAAAAGUCCAUUUUUAGAGAACAUUUUUAUUUCUGUUUAUUUUGAUAACUUUGUAAGAUUUAUAAUUUUUUUGUAAUAACUCUUUUUAAACAAUUAUGAUAAUUAAAUUAAGCAACCAAAAAUCAUAUCUAUUUAUACUCAUACACAGGUUUUGUUCUAAAUAAAGAAUUAUUGUAAAACAAUUUAAAAAAAUCAUAUGUACUUAUUAGUAAGUGUACACAGAGAAUUUUUGUUUUUGAGGUAUCACAGUUCUUACUGAAAUGUAUUGCCAUAUAAUGAUUGUCGGGGAUCUUCCUGUUUAUAAUUACUACAAAUUUGUCACUGUGAACACUUUACCAUUUUUUCACAACUUUAUUUUUAAAAAAACUCAAAUUAGAGAAUAAGAAAAAGUCAUUCUGUGUUCUCUCUGAAAUCCAAUUUAUUUUUCCUAAAUAUUUUGAUUGAGGAUUGGCUGCAUUAAAUAACACAUUUCAUGUACUUACAUUAUCUAAUACCCAAACUUCUCUGGUAUAAUUUUGAUUCUUUAAGUUAUUAACCUGAUAACUAAUAUUAAAAUCUAUUUUUAAAA